AUGUCACGGUCAGUGAUUCCACCAUUAUCACAUCCACCUGGAGUGUCAUCUCAACAGACUAUUGAUGUUUUGGAGGAGAGGCUUUCUGCUGCCGAAGUGGAGACAAGAGAGUUGAUCGAUCAUUUGUCUGGUAUGGGUUUUGGUCAACAUGUCCACCCUGCUGAAAGGGACAUAGAUAGUCAGGACAUGAAAAUGAAGGAACCAAUUGCGCCGUACAAAGCAAGAAUUGCAGAUGUUGAUAUCUUGCAAGAUAGCUAUGAAACUUUGGUAUCGAGAGUUUGCAAAACAGAAAGUGCCAUUCAAACAUUAAAGUUAAAUUUAGUUAACAUACAGGGACAGCAAGAUCUGAUUCCCAAACUACACGACGAGACAGAGGAUAAAUAUCAGUUAUUGAAAGAGGCGUGUGAAAAUGAACUUGGAAAAUUCCGUCGAGAAACAGAGGACUUACAGGAAGAACUUAAGCAGGAAUCUGACUCCAAAAGCAGAGCACAAGAGGAAGUGAAAGAACUACGACUCGCGUUAGAGGAAGCAACCGCUACUAGGGCAGAGGCAGCAGUAUCAGCAGAAGAGAUGGUGACAGGCAAACAGAAGAUGGAAAAAAAGCUGUCAGAAGUUAGAGAGGAGUUGGAGAGAGAGAAGAGUAUUCGCUGCAGCCUGGAGGAAUCUCAUAAUACCUUACUGGGACGAGUGCGAGAGAUGGAGAGUAUGGUGGAAUCUGAACGGAAAGAGGUGAAAUCUUUAACAGCUGACUGUACAAAUCUACGCAAUGAUGCGCUACGAGUCCGUGAAGAAUUACGCCAAGAACAGAAUCGAUCAGAAAUGGCGGAGACAGGAUUCGUUCAGACAAUGGAAGAAUUAGAGCGUAUGAAAAAGUCACACAGUUCAGCCGAAUCAGACCGACAGUUACUUGUGACGGAAUUAAGUCGACUACGGACUCAGUAUGAGGAUCUUAUCAAACAGUUGGAGCAAACCCAAGUCAUCGUUGACCAACAGAAGAUUGGGAAUAAAGAACUUACAGAGAAAACAGAACAUCUCAAUACCAUAGUACGGACGCACCAGGAGGAAAAAGAUAGGCUGCGAAGUAUGCAUGCCAAGGAACUUGAUGCAGAACGGUCACGGUUGGCUGAGAAGCAAGCUGUAGAGGAUGAAGCCUUGGAAUAUAAACUCAAGUUUAAUGAAUCAGAUUCUCAAAACCAGGCGCAGAAGAAAAAGAUUGUGGCCCUGGAGAAGGAGUUAGCGUCCAUGACAAAGACGACUAAAGCAAGAGAUGAAGAGUACACUGAUGCAGCAGACAGACUUCAGAAGGAACUAAAUUCUCUGCAGCUCCAACUCGAGGUCUUACAGAAGGAGAAAAACCGUGCAACCAAGGACAAAGAAAAUCUCCUAGAGGAGGUAAAUCAAACAGUUGAUGGAAUGGUGGAAGAAAGGUCAAAACUUCAGGGAGAUGUUCAACAGGCAAAGAUGGAACUAGAGGCCACAGCCCGCACAAAACGACAGCUGGAGCUAGAAAACACAACAUUACUGGAGCGAAUUGCUGGCUACGAAACACAAAAGGUUGCUAACACUAAGAUCGAGGAUACCAUGAAGGACAUGAUGGAACAGAAAAAUAAAUUAGCAUAUGAAAAUGGUCGCCUUCAGUCUCAAGUGUCACAGUUGACCGCACAGUUGGACGUCCUGACAGGCUCACACACUGAAGUCUCUCAAUAUCGCAAACAAAGUCAGGAUCUCCAGAAAAAAUGGGAUAAGGCGCAGAAAGAGAUAAGCGAGUUAAAGGUACGUGUCCAUGCACAAGAGAGUCAACUGAUGAUGUCACAAGGAAGUCUAGAGUCACGUGAACGUGAUUUCCUCGAGCUGCGUGUAGCGAAGGACCAAGCUAUUCGUGAGAAAGAACGCCUUCUGAACCAGCUUCAUGACCUCGAUCAGAGGGACAAACCAAAGGUGGAAGGUCUUCAGAAAAACCUACAGGAUGCUAAGACAGUGAACAAGGAAAUCGGUAACACGCUGGAGGCAGUGAUGUCUUCCCAUUCUCAACUACAGACGGUCGUUGAGGACCUACAAGUACAGCUUGGCAAGAAAGAUACACAGAUAGCCCAGCUGAAGAUAAGCAAAAACAAAAAGGAAGAAGAUUGGAAGAUGGAGUUGCGUCUAUUUGAGGAGAGAAUGGAGAACCUCAGAGAGGAACUUCGUAAAGAACGUGAAAAAUCUUACAAAAAAACAAGUCGUGACAUUGCUGAAAUAAAAAAACAGAAUGACAAUUUACAGAACAGAAAUAUGGAACUUGUGAAGACCAACACAGAGCUACGACACAAAGUUACAGAGAAUGAAAGCAUGGUUAAGGAUCUGAAGGAGAAGGUGGCAGACCAGAAACGUAAAAACGAUUAUCUUUACCGAUCUAAACGGGAUCUGGAAGACAAUGUGGACAAAGUCAAGGAAAUGCGGUCAGAGAUAGAAGAUUUAGAAAGAUUGAGGGACGAGUACAUGAAAAGGAAUCACGACCAAGGUGAGAUGAUCAACACAUUUAUGAACCAGAUUGCCUGCCUCCAAUCGGAGCUGAGAAACCUCGCCCAAGCACAGUCACAAACCAGUAGUUUAAUCAACCAACGAGAGGAGGCUCUGGAGAAAGAGAGGCUCUACAAGGAAGACUCCCGCCGCAAGUACAAGGUACACAGUAGCAAACCUCCGGAGACAAAGCGACAGAAGGAAGAGAUCGAGAGAAUGAGAAAACAGGCAGAGGAACGACUAAAAAUGGCACAGGAUGAAUCUGCAGAGAUAUCAAUACAUCUGUCUGAUGCUCAUAAUUGGUUUAGGUCCAAAUUCAACAAACUUCAAGAUGAAAUUUUAUCCUCAAAAAAAACACAGUCUGACCUCGAAGAAGAAAACCGGGAUCAAAAAAAGCAACUAGAGUCCGAACAACUGAAAGCCCAGCAAGCUGCAGAACGAGCGAAGGAGAUGAUCCGGGCCAUGGAAGCUUUAAUGGAAGAAAGGAAAGCCAAGAAGGGGGCAAGUCGCCACACUAUUAGUCAGCUGGCUGAUUACAGCACUAUGGCAGACAGCGAAGUGAGAGAAGAGAUGGCUCGGCUACAGCGAGAAGUCCAAAAACAGAAGGAUCACGCCAAAUAUAUAGAAAUGAAACAUGAAAAAUACAAGGAGGCAAGUUCAAGACAAUUAGAAAAUUUAUUAAAAGACUUUGGUCGAUGAUACAAG